AUGGGUACUUUGCGCAAGAGCCCCUGGGGUUACAUUUCAAAGUGGAAGGAGGUUGAGUGGUCAUUGGUGCUUGUUAUGACAUACAUAACAGUCAGAGCUGAGUCCCAGUGGGUGGACGUACACUUGGACAUUUUCAAUCUGUAUUGCCUGUCAUACUCAAUUCAGUUUGAAGAAGGACUGCGAUAUGACCCUAAACAUUACCGAGAAGCAGAACUUGAUUGGAUCCCGGAGGCAGAAACAUGUGCUGAUCAUGAGGCCAAACUUAAGGGCAAGGAUUGCGGCAUUAAAACUACAUUGGCUGCGGGGUCAAAGCAGGGCGCAGAUCCCAAGGAAAAACAUGAAGAAGAUGUGAUAUUGAAGGAGAGGGAGACAGCAAGUCUUCAAUUCACACUGUUCGCUCAUGGCUCAUACUGCAGAGCAGAAGAGACUUCAGAUGACAACGAUGAAGAUCUAUGUGCCAUCACAACAGAUACAACAGAUGUUGUUAACAUUCAUCUCACAUGUGAUUCAGGUGAGAUUGGCGCAUGCAGGUGUGAAGAUGACCCCCUCCUCCUCGAAAACAGGGAGCUGAGACAGGAGAUAAGUCGACUAAGGGAGGAACUUGGCAGGCACAAAUGGGGUGUGGAACGCAUCAAAGACAAUGAUGGAAUGACAAAGUUCUACACAGGAUUACCGUCAUUUGCCAUCUUUUUGUGGCUGUUCAAUUACCUUGCACCUAAAUGCUCAAGAAUGACCUACUGGAGAGGACAGGGCCAAACUACUGCCAGUGAUAGGGUAAUGCGAAUCAGUUUUCUACUGACGAUGUCUAUAGGACCCAAGCAAUAGCACAGCUUCGCAUACAUGUAGAGAGGAGCAUUGGACGAGUUAAGAAUUUCCACGUUUUGGAAGGAGUGGUCCCCCUUAGCAUUGUGCCUCUCAUCAAUAAAAUUUUUCAAGUUUGUU